AUUCUUCAAAUUGGACUUGCAUACGCAUUUGGUAUCUGGUUCGCUAUCGGCCUAUGUUCAUCUAGCUCGGGUGGUCACUUCAAUCCUUGCGUAACGCUAUCUUUCGUUGUGUUCAAGGGCUUCCCAAAGCUCAAAGCUUGCAGAUAUAUCAUCGCCCAAAUCCUGGGGGCAUACAUCGCGUCAGCUCUAGUCUACAGUCAAUGGAAUGUCCUUAUCGAAGAGUGCACUCUCGGCUUGAUAAAAGCAAAGGCGUAUGACACCACAAUGUUUACGCCUAAUGGUCCUGCAGGGAUCUUCGCCCUCUAUUUGGUCCCUGGGGCCCAAAGCGUUCCGCGUGCCCUGCUCAACGAAUUUGUCAAUUCAACCCUCAUUGGCAUGAUUAUUUGGGCAGCUCUUGACCCCACCAACAUGAUGGUUCCACCCGCUAUGGGCCCUCUCUUCAUUUCACUGGCAUAUGCCGCCGUUAUCUGGGGAUUCGCCACUCCCGCGGUGGCACUCAAUACAGCUCGUGAUCUUGGUGCCCGCCUGUUCGCCAUGUCAAUUUGGGGAACCAAAGCUGCGGGUAGUGGAUAUUCAGCUAUCGCUUGCCUCAUCAACAUCCCCGCCACCCUCCUGGGUGUGUUCUUGUAUGAGGUGUUCUUCACCGAUUCGGACAGAGGUAAACUUUUACCAAUCUUGAACGGGAAAAAAUUGAAGCAUAUUUUUUCA